AUGUCCGACGACAACGACGGAGCGUCGGUGAGAUUGAAUCUUUCUGGGCCGACCGAGAUAUGCAUCAUCCGAUUGACCGCCACCGCGGUUUUCUCGCUUUUCCACACAGCUUUUUGUCGCCUCCUUCUCGUUCCAUAACCCCCUUUUCGAUCUUUCAGACGACCGUCGACUACACGCACUCGCAGCUCGAGUAAUAUCGCAUUUCGGUCGGAAAUUGCAAUUGCUUGUGGUUUCAGAUUGCUCGACGCCGAUUGCAAAACUGCGCUGCCAUUCGACGACGAUCUCUCGUUGAUUAGUAGGCAAGAACAGAGAGGAAUGAGAAGAAUAGCACAUUUGCAGAGGAGAUGGGACGUCGCGCGAAGGCGAAGAGACGCGCCGCGCGGAUUGCCGCCGACGUGGAGAGCGUGGUGACGGCCGUCAGUUCUCGAGCCACCGACGAGGAUGAGACUGAUUGCGAGGUACUCGUGCAUUCAAAAUUUGCAUGUUUUUUCAUGAAUCUACGCAAAAUCCUCAGAAAAUCGUUGCCAACCAAACAUUUCGCCCAAUUUGUGCUGCGCCUUUAAAGAAUACCGUGUCCUCGUGUAAUUUACACGAAUUUUGUUUCAAAAAAGGGUAAAAUUGUCGGAAUUUUGUGUCGAUUUACACGAUUGUCUGAAAAAAAUGGAAAAUUUAUCGUCCGCUCGUAAAUCGACACGAGAAUUCAGAAGUUUAGUGGCGAUUUACGAGCCUCUUUGAGUUUUCAGCCGCGUUUCUCUCAUUUUUGCGGUAUUGUAUUAGAGGCGCAGCAUGAAAAUUAAGAAUUCAGGUCCCGAGCAUCAAGCGCAAGGCGUCUCUGUCGAAAAUCCCGGUGCUCCAGAAGGACCACGCGGUCGCGAGAAGCUCUUCUUCUUCUUCUUCGUCGCAACUCGUCGACUCGGGAAGCGCGUCGAAGAUUCCGAGACCGAAAGCGCAUCUGGUGUACCUGAAGCCGAGAUCCGUCGAAACGGACACUGUGGAGUCGCUGUCCGAGAAGCCGAGUUUCACCGCCAGUGUAUGAAAUCUCUGGAAAAAUCAAUACCGUUCAAUGUUUCGAUGUUUUGUUCAGGACGGCUCGACGUUCAACCGCUCGAACUCGUCGUUCACCGAUCCGAAUCCGGCGACGAUGCCCGUCGAUCUUCCCUCGCUGCCCAAGUGCGACAUUCCGAGUGUAAGCACGCGAUGGCCUAACUUUUUCACGUCCCGCACGCUUUGCAGGAGUACGAGCCGAAGACGGAGGAAAUGAUGAAGGACGACGAGGAGGCGCUGAUCGUGGUGGCCGAGGCGAACGGCGUCGAAAUGAAACUGAACGUGUCUUCGAUGCUCGACGGACUCGCCGGACUCAAUCUCGUCGGUUUCAGAUUGCUCUGA